CGAGGGACCGUUUGAGUUCAAAACUGAAGCGGCGCGCGCGCACAGGAAAACACCGACAGUUGAGAGACGUACAUACUUGAAAUCGUCGUCAUUUAACGUUAGAUUUUGCUUUUAGCGACAAUGUCUUCAGCCAAAAAGCAGAUUUACUAUUCCGACAAGUAUUCCGACGAGGAAUUCGAGUACAGACAUGUUAUGCUUCCUAAACAGUUGUCCAAACUGGUGCCUACCUCCCAUUUAAUGCCAGAGGAGGAAUGGAGAGGACUGGGCGUCCAGCAAAGUCAGGGCUGGAUCCAUUACAUGAUUCACAAACCAGAACCCCAUAUUCUGCUGUUCCGAAGGCCGCUUCCCCAAGAAUGAGGCGACAAUUAUAAUCCGAAGUACAAUAAGUGGUCGGCUCUGACCGUGUGUGCAUUUCUUUCCAUACAUUGUGAUUUGUACAUAAGUUUUAUUAUUUGCAGAUUAUUUGCUAUGGUAAAACAAUGUUACUCCCUCUCCCCGACAACCUUACAAAUGGCUGCAGGUGUUGAGGUGGGAAGAGGGCCGCCUCCCCCAAAUCUGUUCAGAAGUGCUUUCUUUAGAUAUACACUAAAGUGACGUGAAAAAAGUCGGAUGGUGUGUAAGAUCUGGUAACGGCCCCCGUAAUGAAUAGAAGGAAUAGUUUGAUGGAGGUUUAUUAGACACUACAAUGCUCUCCAUUACAGAACUGCUGUAGUAAACAUUUCACGUCAGUAAAUGCUUGUUUGUUGUUUAUUUGUUGUUGACAAAUCAAUAAAUGUUAUUUUUAUUAGCUUA